GGUUAUGAUGCCCAUCACUGUGAUGAAACCGAUGACUGGGCACGGCUAACCUCUCAUGGCCGCAUAAUACUACUCCAGGUCACUGCCGAGGCGAAAGCAGAUGGAUGGAGAGAAAGAGAGAGUCCAACUUCGGGUCAGGUUCCUACCUCACUAUCUGCCGACUGACGAAGUCAGCUGCGCGCCUCUCCUGGUGCCUCCUCUCAUUUUGAUUUCGUCUUUGGUUGUGUGCGAACCUGACGUCGUCAGCCUUCGGGAUUUAUAGAGUCGCCCUCCGUCCGUCUGCAAAGCUCAGUCGAUAAGCACAACAUGAAGCAGCCGAAGAAGCGGCUGCUGGCGGCACUGUUCGUUGCAGCACUGACGUGUCCGGGGCUGGAGGCAGCGCCUCGACAACAAACAUCAAAAGAUAAACAUGCAUCGCAACCGACGAGUGACGAUGGAUAUGAUCCCCUGUCGAAAAUCGCCAUUGACGCUUAUCUCCAUGGUCCCGAUGUCAAGUACGAGCUUAAACAACACGAAUAUCCAUACAAGCAGGAGACGCCUCAGUUGUACAAGAACGGCAUGGAAGACCUCCUGAAGUACCUGGAGAAACAGUUCCAUUUUAUCAGGGUGGUUGAUAAGGAUGAAGCUCUAGCAACUGAAGUUUUAGACGAAUCCUGGAAUGAAUGGUUGGCCUACAUACAGCAGAUCAUGCCCAUUCUCAGCAAGUUCAAGGUUGACGCUAGCGAAAUAGAAGACCCUGCAACCGAUGCGCCUAGUUCCAUCUGGCAAAAGAUGUGGGACUUCUUGCUAAAGAGAGUUGCCGUCAAGGAUAAGGACCAUACGGAUGUCGACGGAGAUGGGGAAGAAGAAAACGACAUCAACGUUUAUUAUGCGUCGGUGAAGGUCGAUCCUUGGGGGAAGUUAGCAGGCAUGGCCGUCGACGCCAUCAAGCAAUACUCAGGGUACGACGUUCUCAGCAAAUGGUGGCAUACCACGAAGAAGGAGUUCCAGAAGUACAUCACCAACCCGGAAGAGGUUAUUUUCCCCGAAGAUUCAGAAGAGGAGGGACCUGAUAAGGAAGGCGGCGGCGGUGGCGCUGUCGUUGCCUUUCCCCUCCCGGCGGGCGUCCUCUCUAUCUCGAAGUAUGACCCUGUCUCCCUGGGAGUCAACGCAAUUCUCUUCAUCAUCUGGCACUCCAUCUUCUGGGGUGCAUACCUACCAUACUCCGGAGUGGAAAACCUCUUCUACGAUUACGAUUACAGUGAAUAUGACGAACUUGCAGCCAAUGCUACUGAGGCAGUGCCAGCAGCUGGAGAAGAAGGCGGUGAAGGUGAAGCAGCGGAUGGCGAAGGUGAAGCACCUGCUGAAGGAGACGCGCCACCUGCUGAGGGAGACGCGCCACCUGCUGCACCUGCUGAGGGAGACACGCCACCUGCUGCACCUGCUGAGGGAGACGCGCCACCUGCUGAAGGAGACGGCUCUCGAGUUGACUCUUACAGCUCUUACGGCUACCCAGAAUAUUACGAAUACCGGGACCAGCCCUACUACUGGGACAACAGUCACUUCGCAGUGUUUUCCAGCAAGACUGGAAGAGCUCCGCAAAGCGAUUAUCAUAACACCCAUUAUGGUAGUGUUACUCCUCAGAGUCCUGCCUACCAUGAUGGCGGCAGCUCCUACGGCCACAGAGCGCACACACCUCGGGUCAGUCAUUAUGGCAGUGUUACUCCUCAGAGUCCUGCCUACCAUGAUGGCGGCAGCUCCUACGGCCACAGAGCGUACACACCUCGAGUCAGUCAUUAUGGCAGUGUUACUCCUCAGAGUCCUGCCUACCACGAUGGAGGCAGCUCCUACAGCCACAAAACGCACUACACACCUCGGGUCAGCAGAUAUGGAGGGAAGUGAAAUGACGCUACAUCCAAGUCUCGCACACAGAAUAGUGGAUGCUACAGGCAGCUGUGCAGAGAUACAACGAACGCAUAGCUUAUCAUUAGUCAUGAAUAAUUCAGUCUGAAGGGCUAACUGUGAUGAACUAGUUUAAGGAAUGACAUCUCUUUCGUUUCCUCGUGAUAAGCCUAAAGAAAGUUGUCAUGCGCAUGUAAAAAGACACACACCUGAUAUUUAAAACAAAUGAAUUCAAACGAAGCGAAGAUUAGAUUGAAAGAACAAGGACGACGUUGGAGUACAAGAACAGUUUUUAUUUUUUUAUUUUUUUAUUUAUUGAUAUAUAUAUAUAUAUAUUUUUUUUUUUUCUUUUUCUUUUUGAGGAUCUGCACAGACCCAAAUCUCUGGCUCCUUUCAUCCUAAGACCCAUGAAAUACAGUCUCGAGAUUUGCCGUGAAAAUGAUCUUGCUGUAAAGCAAAGUCCUUGUUCUCUCAUUAGACUAAGCUAUACUGAGAUCGCUUUUUCUUUCUUAUAAAAUUUGGUGCUUAUAAGUAUAGCUACUUAAGGAAUAUUAUUUCUAGUAUAUAGACAGUAACUACACACAGAGCUUUGCUUGCGAAAUAUGCAAAUAACUUAUUGGGAAACAUCAAACAUAGAAUAUAUCUUGUAGAUCGCCAACAAUCAAUUGUACGUUAAAAUAAGUCCUUAUAUAAGAUGCAAGUACUUUCUAUCCAUUAUGUAAUGCAAAGGUAUAUCAGCAUUAAUUGUGUUCCCGUUAAUUUGCAGUUAAAAAUAGUACACGAUUCGUUCACUUUUCAUUGCAGGAAUUGCUUGCCUUAAGCUUUUCAAUCCAAUUCCAUUUCUUUAAUUGUUUUUCUAGUGAAAGGAAGCUGAGUCAUUCAUCAUUCAUUCAUUCAUUCAUUAUCAAUGGCCAUAUUUUUCCGCGUUUUGUUUAUGUUUUGUCUUUGAAGUUUGUUUCCAUUUUGUCUUCGAAGUUUCGUCUCCCUGUUUUCUGUAAUGUUACCUGAAGAUAUUUUAUAGCAUGACAUUUUUUAACAGUACAUAGAAAAGGCAUUAUAUAUUUCCAGUAAAACUGAACCAAAUGU